AUGACUACAAAUUUGAUUCCUAGACUUAAUCUUGAAUUUGAUGAUAUAAAAGAAUCAUGGGAAUUUUGGAAAGCAUAUGGGAGAAGAACUGGCUUUGGUGUUCGAAAGCAGAAGUUUAACAAAACUAAAAAUGAUAAGUCAAUAUAUUCUUCUUAUCUAUAUGUUUGUAAUAAAGAAGGGGUCAGAAAACCAGAUAAACGAGAUGUGCGAACUAGGAAGCCCAGAGAUGAGACAAGAACAGGAUGCGAAGCUAGAAUGAAAGUUAAGCUGGUAGAUGGAAAAUACAAAAUUAUUGAAGUUGUUCUAGAUCAUAAUCAUCCUUUUCAGCCCCCCGAAGCUGUUCAUCUAUUUGCAUCACAUCGAGGGAUAACACCGGCUCAACAACAUGAAUUCGAAACUGCUGAAAAAGCUGGGAUUAAUCAAAAAUCGGCAUUCAAUUUACAAAGCCAGUAUGCAGGAGGUCGAGAUAAUUUGGGAUAUACAAGAGAUGAUGUUAAACAUUAUCUUAACUCAAGAAGGCAACGAGCUAUGAAAUAUGGUGAUGCUGGAUGUAUAUUUCGUUAUUUUGAGCAACAAUUGGCAGAAAAUCCAUCCUUUUUCCAUGCUUACCAAAUGGACUCAGAGGAGCGAGUCACAAAUGUGUUUUAG